UCAUUUCAAAACUUUAACGCUGCUCUCUCUCCUGCUCAGUUGGCUUUGGCAAGAACAGCGGAUGGAGUGCUGUUCCACUUUCUCAAUGUGACACACAAACACAGGGCACUCAAAAAUUCCGAUGCUUCCUCCUCACACUCAUGCCCUAACCUAAUUCCUUCUAAUUAAAAUAUCUCUCCUCCAGAUAAGUGUCUUCGUUCCUGUCUUCUCCUCCCCAAACUGCUCCUCUCCUUGACGGAAAUGCCGUUGAGAUCCGGCCAUGGACAGGGAGGCUAACCUUCCUCUCCCAUCUCUACCUCCGCCAAAAAAUCUCGUUCGUCCGGUCACCAACGCCGCUGACACGACUUCAUCUUCGUCCUCGUUCUCUUCCUCCUCCUCCCCCCCGGACUUUCUCCGGCCUGUCCACGCCGCCUUCAAGCGCCACCGCCCCCUCGGUAUAAUGCAAACGAAUAAUAGUAUAAAGCCUAGGCGUACGUUGAUUCCACAGCGUGAAGCAUCGAGAACCGUAGCUUCAAAUGUGGAUCCUACUACAGGGACGCAGAAGUCUCAAGAUGUUGUUCCUCCAAGCAAAGAUUCAAUUUUGCAAACAAAGAAUCCAGUUGCUGUUAUUAGGGAAACUCAUGAAGAUGCAUCUCCGUUUCCAGGAACCAUAACAAAGACGUUUGAUGAGAGUUUCAAUUCGUUUGAUGGACAGAGAGAGCAACCAGAAUCUGUUAUUGCUACUAAAGAGGAUAAUCAGGUGCCCCUGACAUGUGUAGAAUCUCAACUUGUUGAGGGUAAGAGAAAAGUCCAGUUUUUGACAGUGAACAAGGCCACUUCCCAGGGGGCCGAUGAUGGAAUGGCCACUGGAUUGGAGAACUUGUCUUCUCAUAUGGGUUCACUUGCAUUGACAGAAAUGGAAUGGGAUGUGAGCAAUCAAUUAGAGGUGUCAAAUGUGAUUAAUGAUGAAACGAAGCAGCAGAACUUUCAGAACAUGGAAUCAGAUGUCACUUCGAGAUCUGAUGGAGCUGUAACAUCACUGGCCAAGAGAGCAGUGGUUGUUCAGGAUCAGUUGCAUCAAUUGAGGAACUUCUUAAACCAACCAGCUACUCUAUCAUCUGUUGUUGGUCCAUCUUGUGCUACCACAACAUCUGUUCAUUCUACUUCGGCACCCAUGCUUAACUCAACGACUUAUUGCUCUCGUCUACAUGCAGAGGGUGGUUCUCAAGCUGCUGUCGAACCUUUGAGGGAUUCUAAUGCAAAUUCUCAGCAUGUAACUCCAAGGAAUUUGGAACAGCUGUCACAUCCUUUAUUGAAGGACACAAGUGCUAUGCUAAUUGACCCGAGAGCCACUGCAACCCAGCCUUCUACCUCUGCUAUUCAUUCCCAAUUUAAGGAGCUUGACCUGCCUAAGGAGCAAAAGGCAAGCAUGCCUGAGGCACAUGACAUUGCAAACAAUCCUUCUCUUGUUGAUAAGCCCGCUAAGGAGAGAGGACCCGCAGAUGGUGGUACUGAUGUCCAAUCUCAGCGUCCAAUGUCCAGAAACCCAUCUUCAAAUGUGAAGUUGGAGCCUUCUAAACCAGAAAACAGAGAAAAGGUUGCAAGCAGCAAAGGCACAUCUGUACCUCGGAAAAGGAGUUAUGAUCCAGAUUUGUUCUUUAAAGUUAAUGGGAAGCUCUAUCAAAGGCUUGGUAAGAUAGGAAGUGGAGGAAGCAGUGAGGUUCACAAAGUCAUUUCAUCAGACUGCACAAUCUACGCACUUAAGAAAAUCAAGCUCAAGGGUCGUGAUUAUGGAACUGCAUAUGGUUUUUGUCAGGAAAUUCUUUAUCUAAACAAAUUAAAGGGGAAGAACAACAUUAUACAGUUAAUAGAUUAUGAGGUGACAGAUAAAGCUUUGCUCCAUGAAGUCAUGAGUAGCUCCAUAAGUAAUAAAGAUGGAAGAGUUAAGGAUGAUGGGUGUAUAUACAUGGUCCUUGAACAUGGGGAAAUUGAUUUGGCUCACAUGCUUGCCCAGAAAUGGAAGGAGAUGGAUAGCUCCAGCCAGACGAUAGAUGAGAAUUGGCUUAGAUUUUACUGGCAGCAAAUACUUCAAGCUGUCAAUACCAUUCAUGAGGAACGUAUUGUGCACUCUGACCUGAAGCCAGCAAAUUUUCUUCUUGUCAAAGGUUCUCUGAAGUUGAUUGAUUUUGGUAUCGCCAAAGCCAUAAUGAGUGAUACCACUAAUAUUCAAAGGGAUUCACAGGUAGGUACCCUGAGCUACAUGUCUCCAGAGGCAUUCAUGUGCAAUGAGAAUGAUGCGAAUGGAAACACCAUAAAGUGUGGUCGACCAUCAGAUAUUUGGUCCCUUGGCUGUAUCCUUUACCAAAUGGUGUAUGGAAGAACCCCCUUUUCUGAGUUCAAGACUUUCUGGGCCAAGUUCAAGGUUAUAACAGAUCCAAACCAUGAGAUAACUUAUGAGCCAGUUUCCAAUCCAUGGCUUCUUGAUCUUAUGAAAAAAUGCUUGGCUUGGGACCGGAACGAGAGGUGGAGAAUCCCUCAAUUACUCCAACACCCUUUUCUUGUUCCACCAGUACCAACUCAACCAUCAGUAUCUCAGAAACAAGGUUGUAAACUGCUUCAACUUGUCUCAGAAACUUGUAGCGGUGACCAAGAAGCUUCUGUGCUAUGCCGUGAGCUCCAACAACUGCUUAACCCAGGUACUUUCACACCUGAGUCAUUAACAUCGCGAGACCAACAAUGCAAGUUGCUCUCCCAGAUGUCUAAGCUUUGUUUUCAGCUCCGGGAGUGUUUAGCAAAGUUGGAGAGAGGAUAGGAAUGGUUUCAGGUAGUCAACUCUGGGAAGGUCUUCUUCUCGUUUCGGACUAUGAGAGAUCUUGUCCGUCCACUGUAAGGUGUACACAUCCCUGUUGUUUAAUUAUGCCUUCAAACAGAAGAAUUGAACUCCAAUUCUUUACUUGUAUGCAUCUCCUUUAUGAAUGCGCGCAGCGCGACAAUGGAUGUGUAAUCUUUCACUUGCUUUGCGCAUCUUCUAUGUAAGAUAGCACAGUACUGACAUGAUGUUCUA